AUUCCCGGAAGUGACGAGGACAAGUAAACAGAAUCUUCUUUUUGACAGAUGAAUAACCCGUGAAGUGGUCCGAAGAAAUGCAAAAUAAUCUAAAAUAAAAUGUACAUUUAAAGAAACAUUCCCCAGGGGCAUGAGAUAAACGUUUGUGUUAAGAUAACAACGCGCGUCAUCAACUGUCGGAGGUAUCAACUGUCGGAGCCAGAUUAUACAGGAUAAACAGUCCUGGAAUGUUCACAGACAUGGACUAUGAGUUGGAGGAGGACAAACUGGGGAUCCCUACAGUCCCUGGGACUAUAUCCCUGAAGAAGGAUGCUCAGAACCUUAUAGGGAUCAGCAUCGGGGGUGGGGCGCAGUACUGUCCCUGUCUCUACAUUGUACAGGUCUUUGACAACACCCCUGCUGCUCUGGAGGGGACUCUGGCGGCUGGCGAUGAGAUCACAGGAGUGAACGGCAAACCUGUGAAGGGCAAGACAAAGGUGGAGGUGGCAAAGAUGAUUCAGGCUGUCCAGGGAGAAGCAACGAUCCACUACAACAAGCUGCAGGCUGACCCCAAACAGGGGAAGUCGCUGGACAUAGUGCUGAAGAAGGUGAAGCACCGCCUGGUGGAGAACAUGAGCUCUGGUACAGCCGACGCUCUGGGGCUCAGCAGAGCCAUACUCUGCAAUGAUGGUCUGGUGAAGAGGCUGGAAGAGUUGGAGAAAACAGCAGAGCUGUACAAAGGCCUGAUGGAGCACACGAAAAGACUGCUCAGAGCCUUCUUUGAACUCUCUCAGACACACAGAGCGUUUGGGGAUGUGUUCUCUGUGAUCGGGGUACGGGAGCCUCAGGCUGCAGCCAGUGAGGCCUUUGUGAAGUUUGCUGAGGCUCAUCGCAACAUGGAGAAGUACGGUAUCCAGCUGCUAAAGACCAUCAAGCCUAUGCUCCAUGACCUGAACACCUACCUUCAUAAGGCUAUACCAGACACCAAGCUCACCAUCCGCAAAUACCUGGAUGUCAAAUUUGAGUACUUGUCUUACUGUCUGAAAGUGAAGGAGAUGGAUGAUGAAGAGUACAGCUGCAUUGCGAUGGGAGAGCCCAUGUAUCGCGUCGGCACCGGGAACUACGAGUACCGGCUUGUGCUGCGGUGUCGACAGGAGGCCCGUGCUCGGUUUGCCAAGAUGAGAAAGGAUGUGCUGGAGAAGAUUGAGCUACUGGACCAGAAACAUGUCCAGGACAUCGUGUUCCAGCUGCAACGUUUUGUGUCAGGCAUGUCGCGCUACUACGACGAGUGCUAUGCCGUGCUGAAGGAUGCUGACGUUUUCCCCAUCGAGGUGGACCUCUCCCGCACAAUGAUCAACUACGGCAGCCAGUCACGCUCCUUCACAGAAGAAGAGGAAGAGGAGGGGGGGGAAGGAAGUGAAGAACAGGAUGGAGGUGCUGGCAAGCAGGCUGAGAACGGUGCUGAAAAACUGAUUGAUGAUUAUUGAGAGUUAAUAUGAUUGUUUUCUGGAGCAAAAUUCCACCUACGUCUAUCAACUGCCACUCUGCAUUUAUUUAGCAAUGAUUAGUUAAAUAUGUGGAAAUGGUCAGCAAAGUCAUCACAAUGGAAAAUACUACUGUAAAUUGCUGCUAUUCAACUGUACUGGAACUAACUAUUGCAACCUACUGUAACCAAUACCAUUUCCACAACUGACAGCCAUCACUGUAACUAAGUUUUUGGGGCUUGAAUUGAUUCAACAGGUUUUUUCUGGGUCAGUUUAUUCUGCAAGUUUAUUUCUAGUUCCUACCAAACACGCAUAUCAGAUUGGUGGAUGAUAUUUCCUUAAAAAAAAGUUAUAUCGUUGCUAAAUGAGUGCAGCAUAGUAUGUUACAGAAUGAUUGGGCAAAGUGUAUUUUUAUCUACAGGUUUUAGGAGGUGCUGAUGCUUCAGUUUAGGAGUGUAUAUAUGUUUGGGGUGCCUUCAGUCUCAUUUGAAUCAUAUGUGAACAGACGUGUCUAUUCUCAACAAGUGGCCAGUCCUGUCUUGAUGAGAUGACCGUGGUUAAAUGCUGUUCCCAAUAAAAUGAUGUAGUCAUUUGGGGCGAGCACAUGACUAAAAGUCAUCAUUAACCAGGGCUGGCCACAGACCAAAAUAGGACUCAUUUUCCAUUGACACAAGCCCUGAUGUUACAAGUUUAACAGUCCCACUCAAUAUUUUGCAUUGUAUCUGCACUAAACCACAUGACAUUUUAAUGGGGUAGCUGAACAUAGUGAGGUACAAAUCACUUGUAAAGGAUGAGUGUGCAAGGGCAAGGUUCAGCCCAUACCACAUUUUAAACUAGAUGAAGGAACCUCGGUCAAAUGAAAUGUUCUAAUUCCAGUGUGUUUUUUGUUAUUGUUAAGGAUGUCUCUGCCUCGCUGCUGCACCCGAUGCUAGAUUCUCAGCCCCACUACAGUUUAAUAAUCACAAAACAAGUGCAGUAGAGGGCUGUGUUCUUUCAAAUUGGAAUGUAUUUAAUCAAAGGGACCUUUGUUGUCUUUAUGUUUUUAUUUGUCAACUACUGAACUGUAUUGAUUUUGUGCUGAAGCUUUAAUCUGGUUACAUUGAAGUUUCUGGUUACAUUAAAGUUUCUGCAAAAAAAGA